AUGGCCCUCAGCAACUUCCCCGUCGUCUCUGAAGCAAUGGUCGAACUCAACCUCCUAGCCACCGAGCUAGGCCAGAUUGCUCUCUCUUCCUCCAUGAUCAACGACAACAUACAAUGGCUUAUGAUCGUCGUCCACAGCUUCGCCUCUGAAAGUAACCUCAGAGUUUCUCUGUCCCUGCUGGUAAACUGGCUCCUCUUCAUUUCUUUGGCGCAUUUCGUCCUGCGACCCACCAUGAGGGUCAUUGUAAGGACAACCCCAGUGGGGCAACCGGUGAAGGAGGUCUACGUCGUGCUCAUUCUUCUCAUGGUUAUGGUGAUGGCGGGUCUGGGAGACAUCAUGGGAGUAACGUUUCUGAUGGGACCGCUGGUUUUGGGGUUGGUCAUACCGAGUGGACCGCCCUUGGGCACAACGCUAGUGGAGAAGAGUGAGUUUUUGAUCAACCAGUUUCUGCUACCGUUCUUCUUCGUGUACGUGGGAAUGAGAACGGAUUUGGCUGCGCUCAGGGAUUGGCGGUUGUUUGUGACUCUGCAAGGUGUGUUCUUACUGGGAGACAUGACCAAGUUGGUCGCGUGUAUUUUGAUUUCUCUAACGUACAACAUUAGGCCUAGAUAUGGCACGUUGCUUGGCCUCACCAUGAACAUCAAGGGUAUAACUCAAAUCAUAGGUUUCGCUAGACUCAAGAAACUCGAGGUACAUGUAUAG